AUGUCUUCAGACGCUAUAAGGAAUACUGAGCAGAUAAACGCCGCUAUUAAAAUUAUAGAAAACAAAACAGAGCGUCCGCAAUCGUCCGCAACCCCCAUAGAUUCUAAGACUAGUACAGUUGCUGCUGCUAAUUCUAAACCUACACCAACUUCCAGAGACCUCACACAGUAUACCCUAGAUGAUGGAAGAAUUGUAUCAACAAAUCACAGAAUAAUGGAUAAAGUGCCUGCCAUCACGUCAUAUAUUCCUACGGAUGAAGAGCUGUUCCAGGCCAAUGGGAUUCCUCGUCACGAAUUCCUAAGAGAUCAUUUCAAGCGCGAGGGCAAAUUGUCCACUGCGCAGGCGGCUAAGAUCGUUACACUUGCUACGGAACUAUUCAGCAAAGAACCCAACCUUAUAUCCGUCCCCGCUCCAAUCACAGUCUGCGGUGACAUCCAUGGCCAGUACUUUGACCUUUUAAAGCUGUUCGAAGUCGGCGGCGACCCAGCAACUACAUCGUAUUUGUUCUUGGGUGACUACGUUGACAGAGGGUCCUUUUCAUUCGAGUGUCUUAUUUAUUUAUAUUCUUUGAAGUUAAAUUUCAACGACCAUUUCUGGCUACUAAGGGGUAACCACGAAUGUAAGCAUCUAACGUCAUAUUUCACUUUCAAAAAUGAAAUGUUACACAAGUACAAUCUAGAUAUCUACGAGAAAUGUUGCGAAUCGUUUAAUAACUUGCCCCUGGCAGCGUUAAUGAAUGGACAGUAUCUUUGUGUUCAUGGUGGUAUAUCUCCAGAAUUGAACUCUUUACAGGAUAUAAACAACCUAAACAGGUUCAGGGAGAUCCCCUCUCAUGGCCUGAUGUGUGACCUAUUGUGGGCUGACCCGAUUGAAGAGUACGACGAAGUCUUGGAUAAAGACUUGACUGAGGAAGACAUAGUGAACUCUAAAACAAUGGUUCCUCAUCACGGCAAAAUGGCGCCCUCAAGAGAUAUGUUUGUUCCAAACUCAGUGAGAGGCUGUUCAUAUGCCUUCACAUAUCGUGCUGCAUGCCAUUUUCUGCAGGAGACUGGCCUGCUGUCCAUCAUUAGGGCACACGAGGCUCAAGAUGCUGGCUACAGAAUGUACAAAAAUACCAAGACUUUGGGCUUCCCCUCUCUUUUGACCCUUUUCAGCGCCCCUAACUACUUGGAUACCUACAACAAUAAGGCAGCCAUACUGAAAUAUGAGAAUAAUGUCAUGAAUAUUAGACAAUUUAACAUGACUCCACACCCUUAUUGGUUACCAGAUUUCAUGGAUGUUUUCACGUGGUCCUUGCCAUUUGUUGGUGAAAAAGUUACAGAGAUGCUGGUCGCAAUCCUAAACAUCUGUACUGAAGAUGAACUGGAAAACGACACUCCCGUCAUCGAAGAAUUAGUUGGUACCGAUAAAAAAUUGCCGCAGGCUGGUAAGCCAGGAGCGACUUCACCAACUGCCACUUUGACGUCGUCUAAACAUGCUUCCAUCUUAGACGACGAACAUCGAAGGAAAGCCCUAAGAAAUAAGAUUCUGGCCGUUGCUAAAGUUUCCAGAAUGUAUUCUGUUCUCAGAGAGGAAACCAAUAAAGUUCAAUUUUUGAAAGAUCACAAUUCAGGUGUAUUGCCACGUGGCGCACUAUCUAAUGGUGUAAAGGGUUUAGACGAAGCCCUAUCUACUUUUGAAAGAGCAAGAAAGCACGAUUUAAUUAAUGAAAAAUUACCACCUUCAUUAGAUGAGCUAAAAAACGAAAAUAAAAAAUAUUACGAAAAAGUUUGGGAGAAAGUACAUGAACAUGAUGCAAAGAAGGGCAGCAAAUAG